AUGCCACAGAGCUCAUACUCAUCCAAACGGGCCCCUAAGAGCUCCGCCAAGAACGCUCACCCACGCCCCUCAACCCCCGAGUCCAACAUCAUGCGGAACCUCGAUAUGUCACCAAAGGCCAAACAGUCUCGGAAGUCAGCCAAUGCUCAGCCAUCCGAUAGGAAACGGAGAGCUUCAUCAUCGUCGGUCUCUAGCGUUUCUUCAGUCUCGUCCCUUGGGGAACUGAGCGACGAGGCAGAUGAUUCAGAAGAAGAUGCAGAUGACGAGCAAGAACCAGCAGUUCGGGCCCCGUCUUAUGGUCGUCGCCGAGACAAUAAGGCGGGGCGCCACUCCGCAAUCAACAAGAGAAGACGUGUCAUCAACGACGACAGUAGUGACAGCAGCGAAGCCAAUGACGGCGAUGACUCGGAUGAUAGCUCAGAUGAUGUCUAUGCCGGUGUAGACUACAUUACAGAUGCCGAGGAUGAAGACCAGGACGUUGAGAAGAUGGAAGAAAUGAUGAUCGUGGAGUCUGAGAAAACCCACCGCCCUGUGCCCAGCGCUGGAUUUGCUGAUGAUCAGUGGGCUAUCAACUCCUUUGACGAUCACAUGUUCCUACCGGCUGCAUCUUUCUUCGACGAAGAGCACCUUUACAGUGCCAUGGACACCUUUGGAGAGCCUCAGGUGACCAGUGAAGCCGCUGAGACGCCAGUUGCCCGGCGAGUUCACUUCGAGGAGCGGUCCGAUUCGUCCUCUGAUAGUGAUUCCCACAGUGACGACGAUAUACCUGGUGACUUCCUACAACAGGACAGCUUGGACCCACAAUUGCGUCGUAUGAUCGAAAACGACAACGAAAAUUACCAGAGAAACACUCGCCGGCAAUCGGAAGAGAUGUUCGGUGACGCCGACUACGGCCAUGGAAGCAUUUACCAUGUUGAGUCCGACGGAUCCUCCGAGGGCAGCUUGAGCGGUUACGAAACAACCAUCACGCACCCUCGAUCCCUUCUUCGCCGGGACUCCUCCGACUCCUUGGCCCCUGUGGAUGAGAAGAGUGACUGUAUCCCCCGCCGCCGUGGGCCUAUCAUGGGAACUUUCGUAGCAGACCCCCACAAGCCAGUAGCCUUGGUCGACUGCACUGGCAAACAUCUCGUCAUCAUUCCUGCGUAUGCCUCUUCUCGCCACGACUGGCUGGACUCCGCCGCCAACAGCAUGCCCGGCACCGCCAACACCAGCCCUCGCCAAACUACACUUCACUUGAUUGAUGAGAGCGACACUGAUGCACUCGCCUCGCCUAAUCAGCUUGAUUUCAGCCCAAUGUUGGCUUCGAGUGCCAAUCUUAUGAUGACCGCCCUCGGUAACGAUCUCACUCCAGGAGGCCAGGUCAUGGGUCCCCCUGAGGCAUUCUACCCUUCUCAGGACUUUACCAUCGACAGCUCUUUCGAAGAAGACGAAGAAGAUGAUCCAGAGGCUGCUCUUAAUGUCGAUGAUUUCAUUGACUUUGGCAAUGGAUCCUCCGAUGAAGACGAGGAUAUGGACAAGCAGUUCGAUGAUGUCCAGAUGUCUCCGAUGGCCGGUGCCUUUGGGAAGUCCAUGGGGACGCCUACCCCAACCCGCAAGUCCGAGUCGCAAAACAACGAAGAGCGCUUCCUCAAUCAUCUAGACAAGGGUAUUGUCACUGCCUUCCGUCGCAACCACAACCGCUACCAGGCGCUCCUCCGCCUUCCUCAGCACCGCGAAUUCAUGCCGGCCAACUCUCCUGCGCGCCCUGCCAGUGUAUUCAGGCACGCCAAGAACAACGACCAGCGAACUCCCACCCGCAAGCGUAAAUCGAACAGCGUUGCGGGUGGAGAGGCUGUGCGACGCAAGCUGAUGGAUGCUCAGCAACGUCGCUCUCAGCACCCCAUCACAGCACCUCUAUGA